UUUUUAUAAUCAUUAUAUAAUAAUAAUAAUAAAUAAUAAUAAAAUUUUAAAAACUUUUUUUAUUUAUUUUUUUUUUUAUAUUUUUAUAUUUUUUAUUUUUUUUUAUUUAUUCAUCUUAUUUUAUUUUAUUAUUUCUUUUUUUACAAAUAUAAUCAUUCAACAACACAAAUGGAAUUUGAACAUAAUUAUAAAAUAA